AUGGAAACGCCGGCAUCCUCGCCCGGCCGCGACUCCGCCGCCCCUCGCCGUACGCCGGGAUCUGGCUUCGUACUGCUUGCGCGGAUGCAGUAUAUCUCCUUUACUCUUACCUUACAUGCAUUUCAUUUGGUUGCUUGGCAUCAAGUACUAAUUUUGGCUUAUAUCUCGAGAUUAGAUAAGAAAGAAGUUGUUCAAACCGAAAAGGCGCCUGCAGCAUUGGGACCUUACUCUCAGGCAAUUAAAGCUAAUAACCUGGUGUUUGUCUCCGGUGUACUCGGCCUUGUUCCCGAGACGGGAAAGUUUGUGUCCGAUACUGUAGAAGAUCAAACUGAGCAGGUUCUGAAGAAUAUGGGAGAAAUUCUGAAAGCUAGCGGCGCCGGUUAUUCCUCAGUUGUCAAGACAACAAUCAUGUUGGCUGAUCUAAAGGAUUUCAAGAAAGUUAAUGAAAUUUAUGGAAAAUAUUUCUCAUCGCCAGCACCAGCCCGAUCAACUUACCAAGUAGCUGCACUUCCAUUGGACGCAAAGAUUGAGAUUGAGUGCAUCGCAGCUUUAUAAAGCUACUUCCUUUUGACAUUCUCACCUGAACUCCGUAAAAAUAAAAGCUUUGAGUGAAGAAAGUGCUAGUUUUGAGUUCAUGAGAACGAGCCUCUGAUUCUGUUCUCAGCAACUGAUGAUUGUACUGUUCAUCCCAGAGGACACAGGGUGUAGUUGAAUUCUUGCUGGAUUAGUUCUGUUUGUUUUUCCGCUUUCCAUUCUCUUUGCUGGAGUACAUGCCUAUGUUGUAUUAACUGUAGUUUCAAUUUUAAGUCAUGGAAAAUUAUCCUGAUUGGAUCAAAUAAAUUUCUGAUGCUUUUACUUGAUAAA